CACACUAUAUAUAUGUCAUAUUACUUCAUUCAAAUUCAACAACAAAUCAAGUUCAAGACAUCUCCCAUGGAAAUUAAGAUCUUGACUUCCCUUCUUCUAGCGAUAUGCUGUUUUUCAUGGGCUGAUGCAGCUGUAUUCACUGUGAGAAACAACUGCAGAUUUCCAAUAUGGCCAGCAGCUCUAACCGGAACCGGUUCGCCAGUCCUAACCGGGUUCGAGCUACAACCGCGGGCUUCAAGAGACCUCACCAUCCCGGCUCCAUGGUCGGGUCGAAUCUGGGGCCGGUUCCAAUGCUCCAAGUCGGGGCGGUUCACAUGCGCAAGCGGCGAUUGCAACUCGGGCCGAGUCGAAUGCAACGGCGCCGGCGGCACACCUCCCGUAACCCUAGUGGAAUUCACGCUGGCAGGAGACGGAGGCAAAGACUUCUACGACGUGAGCCUCGUGGACGGAUUUAAUCUUCCCGUGAGGGUGAGCCCCUCCGGAGGAAACUGCCCGUCGACGGGCUGCCCGGCUGAUAUGAAUAUGAGCUGCCCCAGUGAACUGAGCGUGAGAGGGGCGGGUGGCGCGGUGGUUGGGUGCAAGAGCGCGUGUCUUGCAUUCAAGCAGCCGCAGUAUUGUUGCACGGGCGCGUAUAGUAGUCCGGCGACGUGCAAGCCGACGAGCUACUCGCAGAUAUUCAAGUCGCGAUGCCCGCAGGCUUAUAGCUACGCUUACGAUGAUAGAACCAGCACCUUUACGUGCCCAACCGGGAACAAUUAUGUCGUUACAUUCUGCCCUUAAAUCAACUUGCUCCGAAUAAGGUGCUCAUGUUUCAAGUGUUAAAUUACCCAUGUCAAAUGAAACAAACAAGAAUAUUAUUAAAGUUAAAUCUAUGUUUAAGAAGAAUUUUCAUCAAUCAUCUCGAAG